UGGAGGCGGGGUUCUCCCGGCGCGCUCGAGCAGUUGGGAAUCCUGCUGACAGGCGGAGUGUGCUUGGGCGGGGCCCGUGGCUGCAGGUCUCCCAGGAAGAGUCCCCUGACGGCUGGCCCGGAGCUGGUCAUUCAUCCCUCUAGUACGGCCCAGGAGCGAGGGCCCUUUGGGGGUCCUGGGUCCCCGAGCCCAGGCGUGCAGCUUAUCAACCCGCGCUAACCCCGGGCUGCCGCCGGCCCCUUCAGAACAGAGGCCAUCCUGCUCUCAUACGGUGGCCCCGGUGACCGCUCCCAUGGCUUUCCCCCAUCGACUGGACGCCCCCGAGCUUCCUGACUUCUCUAUGCUCAAGAGGCUGGCUCGAGACCAGCUCAUCUAUCUGCUGGAGCAGGUCAGUGCCGGUCACGCCUGGCUUCUUUCCUGCGUCAACAGUGUGGCCCUCAAUGUGACUUCUUCCUCGCUGUGUCCCUUGCUUCCUGGAAAGAAGGACUUGUUCAUUGAGGCAGAUCUCAUGAGCCCUUUGGAUCGAAUUGCUAAUGUCUCCAUCUUGAAGCAACAUGAAGUGGACAAGCUGUACAAGGUGGAGAACAAGCCUGUCCUCAGCUCCAGUGAACAAUUGUGCUUCUUGGUCAGACCCCGCAUCAAGAAUAUGCGCUACAUUGCCAAUCUUGUCAAUGCUGACAAACUGGCGGGUCGAAUUAGAAAAUAUAAAGUCAUCUUAACUCCUCAGAAGUUUUAUGCAUGUGAGAUGGUGCUUGAGGAAGAGGGAAUCUAUGGAGAUGUGAGCUGUGACGAGUGGGCCUUCUCUCUGCUGCCUCUGGAUGUGGAUCUGCUGAGCAUGGAGCUGCCGGAAUUUUUCAGGGAUUACUUUCUGGAAGGUGAUCAGCGUUGGAUCAACACUGUGGCUCAGGCCUUGCACCUUCUCAGUACGCUGUAUGGACCCUUCCCUAACUGCUAUGGCAUUGGCAGAUGUGCCAAGAUGUCAUAUGAUCUGUGGAGGAAACUGGAGGAGGAGGAGGACAGUGAAACCAAAGGUCGAAGACCAGAAAUUGGACACAUCUUCCUCCUAGACAGAGACAUGGACUUUGUGACAGCACUUUGCUCCCAAGUGGUUUACGAGGGCUUGGUGGAUGACACCUUCCGAAUCAAGUGCGGGAGUGUCGACUUUGGCCCAGAAGUCACAUCUUCUGACAAGAGCCUGAAGGUGCUACUCAAUGCUGAGGACAAGGUGUUCAAUGAGAUCCGUAAUGAGCACUUCUCCAAUGUCUUUGGCUUCUUGAGCCAGAAGGCCCGGAACUUGCAGGCCCAGUAUGAUCGCCGGAGAGGCAUGGACAUAAAGCAGAUGAAGAACUUCGUGUCCCAAGAGCUCAAGGGACUAAAACAGGAGCAUCGCCUGCUGAGUCUCCACAUUGGGGCCUGUGAAUCAAUCAUGAAGAAGAAGACCAAGCAGGACUUCCAGGAGCUAAUCAAGACUGAGCAUGCACUGCUGGAGGGCUUCAACAUCCGAGAGAGUACCAACUACAUUGAAGAACACAUAGACCGUCAGGUGUCACCUAUAGAAAGCCUUCGCCUCAUGUGCCUUCUGUCCAUCACUGAGAACGGUUUGAUCCCCAAGGAUUACAGAUCCCUGAAAACACAGUAUCUGCAGAGCUAUGGCCCUGAGCACCUGCUAACUUUUUCCAAUCUUCGUCGCGCUGGGCUUCUAACAGAGCAGGCUCCGGGGGACACCCUCACAGCCGUAGAGAAUAAAGUGAGCAAGCUAGUGACUGACAAGGCUGCCGGAAAGAUCACGGACGCCUUCAGUUCUCUGGCCAAGAGGAGCAACUUUCGUGCCAUCAGCAAAAAGCUGAAUUUGAUCCCACGUGUAGAUGGGGAGUAUGACCUGAAAGUGCCCCGAGACAUGGCCUAUGUCUUCAGUGGUGCCUACGUGCCUCUGAGCUGCCGAAUCAUUGAGCAGGUGCUGGAGCGGCGGAGCUGGCAGGGCCUGGAUGAGGUGGUGCGGCUGCUAAACUGCACCGAGUUUGCCUUCACAGACAUGGCCAAGGAAGACAAGGCUUCCAGUGAGUCCCUGCGCCUCAUCUUGGUGGUGUUCUUGGGGGGCUGCACAUUCUCAGAGAUAUCAGCCCUGCGGUUCCUGGGCAGAGAGAAAGGGUACAGAUUCAUCUUUCUGACAACAGCCGUUACAAACAGUGCUCGCCUCAUGGAAGCCAUGAGUGAGAUGAAAGCCUGAAGUUUUCCUGGCCAGUGUCAAAGUCAGUCCUGAUUGUGGACCCCAAUGGGAUGCUGGUGUUUGAUGUCCACCUGCUAGAAAAAUCCCCCAGUUAGACUGCUCAGAGCUGGGGACUUUGGAACUAAUUUCGGGCUUUGGAGAAUAUGUCCUAGGAAAGAAUUCAUGUCCUGUCCCCCAGGAUAUUCUUUUGUUCAUGAAGUCUAACCCAUGCUGCUAAGGGAUGAGGAGAGGUAAACUUUGCUAAAUCCUGUUUGAAUAUUAUUGUAAAUAAAGCCUCUGUUCUCAAGCAAA